AUGAUUACAAUUACAAAUUUAGAUGAUAAUUAUUAUGAAUUAGGACAAGAAUUUCAAAAACUUGCUUUACUUGUACCAACAAUACCAAAAGAUCGAUGUAUAUCUGAACUUGAAUUUAUUGAAUUUGUUAUUGCUUAUAUUCGAGAAUUACAACAAUUACUUUCAUAUAAUCAAUGGAAUGAACAUAUGAAUAAAUUGACAUCAUCUAUGAAGAAUUCUAUUGUAUUAUCUUCAUCGUCACUACAAUUAUACAAACAAAUAAUGUUUCAAUCAUCAAGAAUACAAACAAAUGAAAGUUCAUCGACAAUUCAUCGAAGUCCAUUGGCUUCAAUCAAUCUAAAUAAUACUCAAUUAUCUUGA